CUCUUCGAGACCAAAACUUCAUUUUCCUCAUUUGAGCUUCGCUUCCUCUCUCUCUCUCUCUCUCUCACUUCUGUAUCUCAUAUUGAUCGAUAUUUUGCGUUGCGGAUGGGUUCGUGCGCGUCGGUUGAUAAGUCUCGGCCUCGUCCAGCGAUAAAGCUCAUGGCUUUUGGGACAAGAGCAGACAGUUUGGUGAUCCCGAAAUCGCCCAGGAAAGAGAACUCGGGCCCGGUGGCUACUACGCCGGCGAUGGCGGCGGAGGACGGUGACGCAGCGGUCAAAUCUCGGUGGUCUUUUUCCUCUGCCGAGAAAAGUUUAGAAUCGCCCAGAAAGGAUAACUCGGUCCCGGGCGAUACUCCGACGGCGGCGGAAGUUCGUCCGGUCAAAUAUCGGUGGUCGUUUUCUUCUGCGAAGAAGAGCUUCGGAAGUAAAGAGGAAACGUUCUUCGAUUCGCAGCCAUGGCUAGAAUCCGACGACGAGUUCCACAGUGUCAAUGGUGAUUUCACACCGUCUCGUGGAAACACUCCUAAAAGCAGCUUUUCGGAGAGACUUCCCCGUAUGCACAACCUUUUGUACGAGGAAAGGCCUCCGAAUGUAUCUCCUGCUCCAUUGCUCCGAAGGAAGAAACUAGCCGAGCUUUUCAGAGACAGCAUAAGAGAAGAAUACGAAGAUUCUGCGGAAGAUUCGCCCGAAAACCAAAGCGAAGCGAGCAAGAGAUCAGAUUGUACCGCUCCAUAUGUUUCCCGAGCAAACUCUGAUGUCUGCAGCAAUGAACUCAAGGCCAUUGAAAAUUCUGUAUCCGAGAAGGAGAAGAGCCUUAGUUCUGGGUAUCGGUGUCUUCCCGGGUUUGGCUCAUGCGGAAGUUCUUCGGGGAAGAGGAAGAAGAUGAGCCCUGUGGCAGUUGCAGUAAAAUGAGAGAGAGAGAGAGAUCUGAAAAACUUGACAAAAGUUGGGAUCUUGAUAAUGAAAACGUGAAAUCUUGACCAAUUGUAUAUGAGAAAUGGAACUCAGACUUAAGAAUAGCUAUUGCAGAGAGGGGGAUGAUCCGAUCUUUUACAGGUACUUGCAGUGGUGAAACUUCAAAGGAUUUGCUAAGAGAUGAGAGUAAAUUAACCCUUUUGUGAUAUGUGAGGGUGUGAACUCAGUCACAAGGUUAGAUGUUCUUGUACAUCAAUGGAUACAAAUUACAACCCAUUUUGAAGUCUUGGCUC